UGACAAUUGACUUUUGACAAGUGACGUUUCGUUUCAGCUAUCGGUUUUCGGCAGGUUGUCUCGCGAGCCUUUCAAAAAGGGAGGCAUAUGAUCAGCGAUUUUGAAUAUUGAGCCCCCGUGUUCGAGUAAAAUACCUUUUUAGAAGGGGGUUUCAUCUAAUUUGUACAGUUUAAGUAUGUCGACCAUGUUGAAUUUAGUAAUAAAAAAUCUACCUCGAUACACAAUUAGACAUUUACGAAAAUCUUUGGAAAAAGGAAUUACUGAGGUUACUGUUCAGCAGGGAUGUGUUUAUAGAGGUGAACAAAUAAUCCGUAAAUAUAGUAUUAAUGUAAAUAACUCGGACAAGUUCAGUUACCGAAGCUGCAUCGUUAAUUGUAACAGACACAUUCGAACAUCCAAUGCAAUUUGGAACAACCAAACCGUUAAAGUGCCCCCUUUUGCUGAAUCUGUUACCGAAGGAGAUGUCAAGCUUCAGAAAAAAGUGGGAGAUUACGUUGCAGCCGAUGAGGUCGUCAUGGAAAUCGAAACCGACAAAACGGCAAUGCCCGUGCAUUCGCCUGCCGCAGGAACGAUCAGCGAAAUUCUAGUCAAAGACGGCGACACCGUCAAGCCGGGACAGGAUUUGUUCAAAUUAAACGUCGGCGAAGGAUCACCGCCGGCCGCCGCCGCCGCCAAACCGGCCGCCGAACCGCCCAAAGCCGCCGCUCCGCCGCCUCCAGCCGCGCCCAAACCGCCACCAACUCCGGCGCCUGCCGCUCCCGCCGCCGCGCCGCCGGCGCCACCGCAAGCCGCGCCUCCGAGACCUGCGGCUCCCGCCGCCCCGUUGAGUUCCAUACCGGUGGCGGCGAUACGUCACGCGCAAUCGCUGGAAGCGGCUACGGUGAAGUUGCCUCCGGCCGAUCCUACGCAGGAAAUCUCCGGUACUCGAUCGGAGCACCGAGUGAAAAUGAACAGGAUGCGCCAGAGGAUCGCGCAACGUUUGAAGGAAGCUCAAAACGUCAACGCCAUGUUGACUACCUUUAACGAAAUCGAUAUGACGAACAUAAUGGCCUUCCGAAAGGAGAACCAGGAGCAAUUUUUGAAGAAGCACAACGUGAAAUUGAGCUUCAUGUCGGCGUUUUUGAAGGCUUCCGCUUACGCUUUGCAAGAUCAACCGGUGGUUAACGCGGUCAUCGACGGUGCUGAGAUCCUCUACAGGGAUUACGUGGACAUUUCGGUGGCCGUCGCGACGCCCAAAGGGCUCGUCGUGCCGGUUAUUAGAAACGUGGAGCGGAUGAAUUACGCCGAUAUCGAAUUGGCCAUUGCCCAAGUGGCCGAGAAGGCGAGAAAAGGUCAACUGGCUGUUGAGGAUAUGGACGGUGGUACUUUUACGAUUAGUAACGGUGGAGUAUUCGGUUCCCUCUACGGUACGCCUAUUAUCAAUCCUCCGCAAUCUGCUAUAUUGGGAAUGCACGGUAUAUUUGAUAGACCGAUCGCUUUGAAAGGACAGGUUGUUAUCAGACCAAUGAUGUACAUUGCUCUAACGUACGAUCACAGGUUGAUUGAUGGACGUGAAGCCGUGCUCUUCUUGAGGAAAGUGAAGCAAGGAGUAGAAAAUCCCGGCUCAAUACUGGCCGGUCUUUAAAUGAGUAAAAAUAUGUAUUUAUUUUAUUGCGUUGUUUGAAGGAACCUAUAAUCGAGCGAACGAGUUUUAUCACUAAUCCAUUUUAUAAGGCAAAGAAUUCGUAAUUUUACCGAGAUUUUUUUUGUAAGUACAGUCGCAAAUUUACAUUAUCAAAGUGCUAUAGGGUAUGUAUUUAAGUUUUACCUCGAUUUGUUUUGUUAUUUAUAGCAAAUUUCAUGUACUUACAUUUGAUAUUAAACUAGGAAUUAUCUAAUGUCGUUCGCCGUUAUUUAUUAAAUUCAUUUUUUUG